UUUAGCUCCCGAAGUCCCUGAUCGAAGACGUUUUCGCGACCCCCGUCGGCUACACAGCUCCUCUACGUGUAUCAUAGCUCCCCACCAUGCAGAGUCUUCCUGGCCCCGGCUCAUCCGAUAGAGCGACAUGUAUUACCGUGGAAAAAGUUCGUGGAAAAAGAAUUAACAAACGCGUCGCAGUCAGAUCCACCCACACCAACACAGACGGAGAUGUCGUCGUCGUCGGAAGUGCUCGGCGAUGCCGCCGUCGCCUCGGCCAGCGACGCGCAGCAGCAGGAGCAACACCCGCACCUCCGCACCGCGGACGUGGGCCUGUCCAACAAGCGCGCCCAGCUGCGCGGGACCGCGCUGGGUGUCUCGCUCGGGCUCGUCUCGAUGCUCGUCCUGGGGCGUUCCGGCCGCGUCUCGGCGAACGCAGCCGUCCUUGCGGGGAUGGCGACGGGCUCGGCGGGAGGCUACAUUGCGACGAGGGUCAAUCUCCGCAGCGAGCUGCAGCGCUUGGAACAACAGACUCGGGGCCGGCACGACGAGAUGGUCAGUCUCGAUCUCAAGGCGGGCGCGCAGCGAUCUUUUGAUGCAGGCGUCGGUGGCCUUUACGAUCUGAGAGAUCGAGGCUCCACGACGAGGGGUGACCACUGAAAUCAAACCACGAGUCACAAGACGACAGCGAUGUGGAGAUCCUUGGUGAUGGAAGGUCAUGUUCUACUUUACACGUCCACACUGCUUGUGGAAUGGGAAAAGGAAGCAUAAGGCUCUAGCGGUCCUCGGCCCACUCGUUCCUGCACAGGGGAACAGAAAAUGUCAGCAAGAAGAACAGCAGCAAGUUCGUGACAAGCCCACACUCACUCCUUCCUGAUCUGGGCCUCUUCCUCCUCGGUAAAGUCAUUGGCAAUGUUGAACAGCUUCCGGAUCUCCUCUGGCGUCUUUCCCUUGAUCAUAUUUGCGCUGGCAGAGAGAGAGAGGGGAGAGUGUCAGGCCCGGAUCUCGUGCACCAAGAACGUGUCACUCACACUGUCUUGCAGCCCACAUCGAGCAGGGGCUUAAUGUCGAGGUAGUUGGCCGCGAGGAUAAUCUCAAACAGCAUCUCCUGGUCGACCUGGAUGA